GUUUGUCCCGUUGAUGCCACAUUCAACACGCAUUGAGAAACUAGAGACUCUACAGGCUGUGCGUUCCCAACUUUUCUCAACAUAUUGACACAAUGUUUUAGAAGCCUUCUCAACUGCUUUGUCACUUUGGGGUCACCAUGGCAUCAGAGAGGACGUCUGACCCCCUGGUGGAGGGUGGAUCCCUGCCACUAGACAUCGACAACGUCCACAUCCUUCUUCAAGUGGAACAGGAACAGAUUCAGAAGAGGACCUUCACUAACUGGGUGAAUGCCCAGCUGUCAAAGCGGAGGCCUCCGGUGACCGUGCUGGACCUGUUCAACGAUUUCAGAGAUGGAACUAGACUGCUGGACCUGCUGGAGGUCAUGUGUGGACAGAGGAUGAGUCGGGAGAAAGGCAAAGGGAUGUUCCAGCACAGAGCACACAUAGAGAAAGGCCUGGCCUUCCUCAAGAGGAAAUCUAUCAAGCUGGUCAACAUCAAUGUUUCUGACAUCAUGGAUGGCAAACCCUCCAUCAUCCUGGGACUGAUAUGGACCAUCAUCAUGCACUUCCAUAUAGAAGAGCUGGCCAGUACAUUGUCCUUCAGUUCUCGGCAGUCCUCUCUGGAGUCACUGGCCAGUCUGGACACUCGUUCGACCAGCAGCAGUGCCCGUAGCAGCCCGGUGCCACCCCGCGGCUCACCGCUACACACACGCUUCCGCAUCUCUGCCAAGAAAGCUCUGCUGCUGUGGGUCAGAGAGCAGUGCCACAAGGCUGGCUGUACACUGAAUGUGAAGGACUUUAAAGCCAGUUGGAGGAGUGGUGUGGUCUUCUUGGCCAUUCUCUACGCUCUGAGGCCGGAUCUGGUUGACUUGUCCAAAGCCAGAAGCAGAACCAACAGGCAGAACCUGGAGGAGGCGUUCCGCAUCGCUGAGAGAGAACUGCAUAUCCCACGAUUACUGGACCCAGCAGAUGUUGAUGUCAGAGACCCCGAUGAGAGGUCCAUCAUGACCUACGUGGCUCAGUUCCUUCAGUACUCCAAAGACGCGCCUGCUGAUGAGGAGAUGCAGGGUCAAUAUCUCUCUCUCCCUGAGAGCGUCUCUCCUGUCAACCUUCCCAGCAACUUCACUCCCGCUAUCGCUGCCUCUCCUCUCCGACAGACCUCAACCAAUCAGAAGGCUCAGGAAGUGACCUGCUGGCUGGAGCAGGCCUAUCAGGAGUUGCUGGAAGGGUGGGACUCCACCGAGGGUGAAAGCUACUCUGAGAGAUACCAUGUGUUCCACACGUUCAUCGUGUCCUUCAAUGAGCAGCGCCGGCCAGUGAUGCCAUUGCUAACGGCAAUGAAGCGGACGCCUCGCUUGAGUGAGGAGCAGAGAGCCCUCCGGCAUGCCUGGGAUUCCCUGGCAGAAAAGCUGCGUGAGUAUAAGACUGAACUGGACCUGAGUAUGCCCGCACCGCUGGACACUGUGGGCCGCUGGUUACUGAGGGUGGAAGAGGCUUUAGCAGACGGAGAGGCUGAUCCUCAGGACCAUAGCCGCGCCGCCCAGGAGGCACGAGAGAAACAAGAGCUGCUUAAGGUGUGUCUUGAGGAAAUGCCCCACCACAUUAAGAUGUUCCAGAAUUUCCAGAACAUGGAUGAAUAUGGAGAGAUGUUGGUUCCUGCAGAUAAACUGGAGGAGAUGAAGCGAAGGUUCACUAGUGUACGUGUGAGCUCUAAGUACCACGGCAUUAAGCUGGAGUAUCAGGAGCACAGACACACGGUGUUAGACCUGCUGGCUCGGCUCAAAAUCAAGCUAUGUGCCUGGAAAAGAGCCUACAUUUCCCAGGAGGCUGUGCGAGUCCUCGUUCAGGACUGGAAUGAGACUGUGAAUAAGCAGACGCUGCCUUCUAUGCUGGAAGGAUCUCUCUACAAACUAAAACACAUUGCCAGCAAAUACACUAGCAAGUCUGCUCUGGCAGGUGACUCCAGUCACGUGAGUAAAGAGGUGAAGACUUUGGAGAUGGAGACUGCAGCAACACUCCAGGACGUGAAGAUGGUGAAGGGUAUUAUGGGACGUGUGCUGGCGGCCUGGGACUCAUACUGCGACUCCUACAGUUCUCUACACGCCUGGCUGGAACAGGGAACUCAGAGUAAUCGACACGGACAGCGAGCCGAAGUAACGGCAGAGAUGAUGGCAGAGUGGAGCUCUCGCCAGGCUCAUCUAAACGACGUCGGGAACUACCUGAUUGAGAGCACGGAUCCUCAAACCAGCCGCUCACUUUCCGACGAGCUCUGCAGGAUUAACCUGCUCUGGGCCGACUUUGUCAGAAGAACGCAGUUUGAUCUUGUUGAGGAGUCCAGUGUUCGUCCUGCAAGUCCCCAGACUCUGCAGUGUUUGGUCAGAGAGGCUAACCAGCUACUGAAGGAGCCAGUGGAGGUCUUAUCAGGGUCACUCCGCACUUACAGGAAGAGACUGCAGUUCAUGAUGAAGAAAAUAAAGGAUGUUGAUCUGGAUUCCCUCACUCCUUCACCCGAGUGCUUGGCCGAAACUUUGAGCAAACUCAAACAGGCUAUUCCAGAGGUGCUGCAGACACUCUGUGAGGCCAUGCAGGUCUGUGAAGAGUUGCAGCAGAGUGUGUGUGGCCUGGAUGGGCGUCUAGCUGAACUUUUGCACUGGGAGGCUGAAGCCAGAGAGUUUUAUCAGCUCCUAAAGGAAAGAGCACACAAACAUCAGAGAGGGGAGGAUGCAAGGACCCGAUUGCUGAUAUCUCGAGGACUGCAGCUGGAAGGCCAGGUGGUGAUGGAGGAACAGGAUCUGCAAGUGAUGGUGAUGUCAGGGCAGAAAAACUCACCACUGCAGUAUCUAAUUUCUUCUGCCAUGCAGGACAGAGUCCGUGCUACCGUUGCACAGUCGCAGGAAGCUGUGGGGUUGCUAAGUUCCUUGGGUGCUCGUAGAGAUAGAAGCCCUACAGGUCGUCAGCCUCCACAAAAGAUCUUUGUGCAGGAGAGAGAGUGUGAGACUGAAAGCAACAAGCGCCAAACAAGCAGCACAACUGAGUCUAUGUCUGCAUCUGAAGAUAGAGAGCAAACAGACUUUCAGCCACCAGUCAAGCAUCGGCCUCUGCAACCAUCCCGGUAUAGUGCCCAAGUUGCUGUUCCUAAAACUCAACCUGAAGUUCAGCCUGUACCUAUGAUUGUCGUUCAAGAGUACCAUGAGGAGAAGAAGAGUCCUCCUUUGCAAACAUACCAAGAAGCUCAAGCAGUGGCAAAAACACAAUUAUGGAAAGAGCCAAGGGAAGACCCCCAACAUAUUUUGACAUCUAAGGGCCAUGAACAGGCACAAACAUUUGCUAAAGUCAAGCCACAGGCAGUGACCAAAGAGCAGGCAAAAGCUGAGACAAAAGAGGAACCUAUGCAGCAAGAACUAGGUGACACAAAUGAAACUGUUAAGACUCAUAAACUACAUUUGAACUCAAAGCAAAGCACACUGCAAGCUCAGAUUUCCAGCCAGCAACAAAUGCCUGCCUGCCAACAGAUACCAACACAACCUGAAGUGAAUACACAACAACAGAAUCAGCAGUCAACAACUGCCCUGAAACAACUGGACAUUCACCAACAAACUCAGGCUCAACAGCAGCAGAUACAAGUAGAGCAACAUGACACCCAGAAACCUAUUAAAGUAAGGAAGUCUCAGGCACGUUCAGAGCAUAGACCUUGGCUUCAACAGAAAGGCCAAGCAGAGGUUUUGACAACUGCUCGACCAAAGGAUAAAAGUAAAGUGAGCUCAGAAGUACAUUUAAAGACCACUGUUGCUGUCACUGUGGCACCUACACCUGACCCAAUUGAAGGUCAAGCCGAGUGGGUUACUCAAACACAAACUAAAUUGAGUAAACCGCCUGAGACACAACCCAAAUUGAGUAAAAUUGAUCAGCCUGCUGUAAAACAAGCCAAAGUGAGUCAGGUCAAGCAACAGCAAUCUGUGACACAAGCCAAAGUGAGUGAAGUCCAGCAGCAACAACCUGGGACACAAGCCAGAGUGAGUCAAGCCCAGCAACAGCAAUCUGUGACACAGGCCAAAGCUGAUGAAGUGCAACAACAGCAACCUCUGGCCCAAAUGCUAUCAAAAGCACAACCACCAGCUAUGAUAUCAACAGAGCCACUAAGGCAACCUCAAACUUUAAUAUCAGGUCCAGCAGAAAUGAUUACCACACCGCAUCCUCCGCCACAGGCUACUGCAGUCAUGAACCAAAGGAGAUCAGAAAUACAAACCAUGAAGCAUGUACAACCACAAGCCAUGCCACCAGUUUGUCCUCAAGUCAUGCCUCAAAGGCAACCACCAACGAUGAUUCAAGCUCACCCCCAACUUAUGUCUCAGACUCAGCAACAUCUAAUGGAAAUGGGAGAAGCACAACAAACUGAGAGACUUCCCCCAGUACUCAACCAGCCUCAAGUAAUGUCCCAAAGUCAGCCACAUCCUGCUUUACAUUAUGCCCAGACACAAACUGCGCAGCCCAGAAGUAUAGCCCCAAUCCAGCCACGAAUCAUCACCAUGCCUCCAAGUCAGCCACAGAUCCAUGUUCCUCCUCAGUCCCAAAUCAUGGGCAUGGAUCAGACUCAAGCCAAACUUCAGGUUAAGCCACAAAGUAUAGUACAACCACAGGUGCAACCUCAAGUCCAGCACCCUGAGUGGCGUCCAAUGGCAAUUGAGGGCUAUUAUGAGGUUCAGGGCCAGGGACUAAUGCAAGCCCAAAUAUACCCACAGAGCCAUCCACAAACUCAAGGUGUCAGACAAAUGCAAGCACAUUCUCAGCAAUGGACAUCACUGGGAAGAGGUUUAGCAACCCAGACUUACACCAGUGUCCAAGGUUCAGGUCAAGUGCAAGUCCAGCCUCAUCCUCAAUCUCAUAUUUACCCAGUGCAAACUCAGCAGUGGGGUAUUAUGAGAUCUGAACCAAUGGCACCAACUUUUACACAAAUGAGACCUCAGAGCCAAGUCCAACCAAUUGCUCCACCACAACACUGGAGACCUAUUAGACCUGAAGUGAUCAGCCACAGUUUCCAAAGUGUUCAAACGCAAGACCCAAGAUCCAUAUCUCCAUACUCGCAUGCUCAACCUCAGGCAUGCACAAGACCACAAACCCCUCCUCAGCACUGGAGGCCUAUCCAAUCAGAGCCACAAUCCCAAAUCCAUUCUCAGAAAAUGGUUCCAAAAGUCUCUCAACCAGCGGCUCACAAACCAUCUGUCCAGCCACCGUUUCAAGCCCCAGUAAGAUCCCAAGGUCCACCUCCACAGCAGCCCCAAGCCCAACAGCAGCAGCUAGCACAAAACAGAGUUGAGGCUCCCUCUGGUGUUCAGGUUCAAAUUCAGGUUGAAAGCCAAACACCCCAGGCACUGCCUCAAGUCCAGGUUUCACAAAAACUACAGUCUCUGGUGCAGGAGCAGGCCCAGCAACAGUCAGCUCCUCGUGUCAAACCUCCAGCCCUGGCCCAGGCUCCUCCUCAGGCCUAUACAGAGGCUUACUCUAAAGCACAGGCUCUGGCUAGGAAUAGGUUUGAGGAGGCAAAGCAUUGCCUACAAGAACAUAUUCUAGAAGCAAUCAACAUAUUCAAGGAGAAGAGGAUGACCGAGGAGCAAAAAUUGGUCAAAGAAGAAACUCUUAAGGUCCUGGACUCUGAGCUGCUGGAGGAGUUCCUGAGGGCUGCCGAAGGAAUGGAGGCCUUCUGCACCCCAUCUCAGUUCAGAGACAUGGAGUUCUUUGCCCAGUCAGUCAGGACACAGUGGGAGGCCUGUUUUUCUGCUGAUGGAAGUUUAGUCCAGGCUGGGCAGCAGUUGGAGGCCCUGAAGGAGCUGUGCGAUACUUUGAGCCCAGAGGAUGCCCACAGGUUGGCACAGGCUCAGCUCCGGGAGUGCGAGAAAAGACUUGCUGCCAUCCAGCGCCAGUUCAGUGGAGACCGUGACACUCCUCCACCAGAUGCAGGUGUGCCUGUAGAACAGACAAAGGAGUCAUCGCCUCAGAAAAUAUUCACAGCGUCUGUGGAGAAAGCUACAGAAGUGACCACUCCAGAGGUUACCCCAGUUACAGCGCAGCGUCCAAAAACUGUGGACAAGAAAGAGAUAAUAAAGCAGAUGAGCACUGAGGAUGACAGGUAUAGAAGUUCCAGGUUUGCCCUUCAAGCUCAGCUGAACAGAAAUGAGCAGAGCAUGCUGGGAGGUCGGCCUUCAGAAUCAACCACAGACCUGAGAAAAAGGCUCAGAGAAUUAAAGGCUCUGAGGGAUGAGACGGAGUCUCUGUGGGCGGAGUAUGAGGUGCAGUGCUCCCAGUGUGUCCAGAUGAAUGAGCGAGCGGUGGAGCAGGACCGAGCUGAGCUCACAGUCAAGUGGAGAGAACAGAGAGCACACCUGCAGAGCAGGGUGGACUCUCUCGGUUCUGCUCUGGAGCUCAUGGAUUCCAUCGAGCAUCACAUCGCUGAGAUCUCAGAGCGACUGGACAAGUUCAUCAAAGAGCCCAAAGACAUUAAAGGAUACACACUGGUCAACACCAACGUCCUGAAAGAUAUUAAGGACUUAGAUGAGAGCAUCCAGGCCCAGAUGGAUCGUCUGUCACGAUUUGACUCAGAGCCCAGCAACCUGGACCUGCGGGACCGCUCGCCUCUGACCCAGGUGGUGCUGACCCACCGCUCCAGCUUGGACCGUCUCCGGCAGCAGGUCCGUAAAAGUGACGCUGCGGCCCGGGCCCUGGACCGCUUCCUCAUGUCCCUGCGCACUGUUGACCAGGAUGUUUCAGCUGUGCAGAGCGUCCCCUGCAGUGGUGCAGCAGAACUGCAGGACAGCAGGGCUAAGCUGGCGCUGAUCCGGAAGGGUGUGGGGAGCCUGAAGGAUAAAGCGCCACAGCUGGACCAGCUGCUGGGUGGAGCCAGGCUGGAGGUGACCAGGGAGGGGCGACCAGUGUCCUGUCUGGACAUGGUGGGAGCUCUGGUGCGGCAGGCGGAGGAUGCGGACGACCGACUCAUGAUCCAUCAGGAGGGGCUGCGGAAGGAGCAGCAGAGCCAGGGGGUCAGGCUGAGGAGAAAGACUCUGCUGUCUGAGCUGAGGAAGGUGCGGGGGGCGGCGGAGAAACAGGGGCUGAAGGAGCCCACCAUGCCGGCUGUGCAGCACAGGAUACGUGCCCUGUCCGAUUUGGACGCUCAGAUAAACUCCCUGCGUUCAGAGUACCAGAGCAUCAGGGGAACCGCCUCAAAACCCUCCCCAGACUCACAGCAGCCUGGGCAGUCAGCGGACGAGCUGGACUCCCUGUGGGAGGAGACGGAGAGAGCUGUGGCUGAAAGGCAAGAGCAGUGCCGCAUGCUAAUGGAGCUGCUGAAGAAGUUUCAGACCUGCCGCAGUUACCUGGGCAGCACCCUCCAGAGGGCAGAGCAGACUGUGAGUGAACAGUCCUCAUACAUGAGUAAAGACAGUCUGCAGCGCCUUCUGGCCAAGGUUAGCGGGAUAAAGGACGAUUUGAGCGGCCUGGGACCGAAGAUGGAGGAGUUUCGGACUGUGUGCAGGCAGCUUCAGUCGCAGCUGAAGAAAAUCCCAGACUGCUCAGAAACGCCAUUUGAAUCAGAAGCGGAUGUGCUGGUGGACUCUUGGCUGGACGUUUCGGAGAAAACGGACACCUACAUGGAUAACCUGCGUGUGGGUUUGGAGCUCUGGGAGAAGCAGCUGAUGCUGGGUGGGGAGCUGGAGGGCUGGGCUGCUGCUAAACUCAACCUGUUUGCUGAAUCACACCCACUCAGCACUGAGAGGGAGGUCCUCCUUAUGAAGGAUGACAUCCAGACGCAGGAGGAGAACAUUGAGCGUUUCCACAGGAAGUCCUUGGAGAUCCAAAGCCUUUUGCAGAGCAAAGAGGCUCCACUGGAGCUACAGGUGAUGGAGACCGGUCUCAGAAAGAAGAUGGAGGAAGUGAAAGAAGUGUUUUCUGGAUGUACGGAAGUUUUCCAAGAGCUACUGACUGUCCGAGAUCACCUGGUUCAGAGGAUUGACGCCUGUCGGUCCGCCAUCCAGAGAAUACAGUCAUCAGUGAGCAUGCUCAGUACAGACGAUGGAGCUCAGCUACAACAGCAUUUACAGGAUCUUUCUGAGCAGUUGUUGGAUCAGGAGGACCAGGCUGACUCUCUGAUGAAGGAAAUAACUCUCAUGUCCAGUGUGACCGGGCCUCAAGCCAUAGAGGAAUUGACCAGUGACUGUAAGCGUCUAAAAGACAGCAUCACCACAUCACAGGAGCUCAUUGGUCAGAAAAAAGAACAGGGUGAGAAGAGCUUACUUGUCCAGUCCAUUAAAGAUGAGUGCCAGCUGUUUGAGGACUGGCUCCAGGAUGUGCAGCUCUCUGUGAACGAGUGUUUCGAGAACCCAGAGAGGAGGCAGGAUGUGGAGGCCUCCAUGCAGAGACUGCAAGGUUUCCUGGCUUCUAAAGAAGGUGAGCAGCGUCUUCUCCAAGUGAAGGAGUCUGUGGAGAGCAAGGGGCAGAUCCCUGCGGAGACCCAGGCUCAGCUGUGCGUUUGGCAGCAGGAGCAGGAGGGAGAGAUGGCCACUCUCAGAGCUCACUGCCAGGGCCGCCACAAACAACUGCACGACAUCCUGCGCAAACUCAACAGCUUGCAAGAGGAGCACGACCACCUCCGGGAAUGGUUGGAGCAGAACCAGCAGAUACCAGAGCAAAGAGAAAAGCUCAGACAAGCUCAUGAGGACUUCCUCAAGGAAAGCGGUCGCGUUGAAGCCUUCAGUGAUCUGCUGGCCUCUGUGAGGUUGCGGGGGCUGAGAGCUGACCCCUUGCUUAAAGACAGCGAGUCCCUGGUUGACCAAUACCACAGUCUGGGGAUUCGUCUGGAGAACCAGGCCCAGGUCCAUGAAGCCUUGGAGAAGGAGGUAGAAAGCUUCCACGCUCAGGAGGAUGACACCAGGAGCUGGAUUAGAGAGUUAAAACAGGGUCUGGACUCAUUAGACAAAGACGCUUCAGUAGAAGAGAAGCUCUACAAGGCUCAGGCUGUUUUGAACCUGUAUGCUGAAGGUAACUCCAAGCUGGCAGCUCUGAACAAAGCGAGAGAGAAUUUAUGUGCUCAUGAUGAGCUGGAGGACAUCAAGCAGCAGGAACUUCUGCAGAACCUCAGAAAUAUAGAAGAUGAAUGGAGAAGACUUGUGGACUCCACUCAGCAGCUGAAAUCCCAGGCUGAGCUCCAGAACUCUCUCUUAAGGGAACUAGAAGCCCUCCAAGCACAGGAGAGGAGUGUCCGAUUCUGGGUGGAAGAGCAGAGGCAAAAGCUGGACCACCUGGACAAAGACGUUCCACACCAGGACGUACACAGCAAGGUUCAGGAUGUCUUGAACCAGCAACAUGAAGGAAACUCCAAGCUGAUGGCUCUGAGGAACAGAGGAGCGAGCAUAUGCGCUCAUAAGGAACUUGGCAGUGAGAAGAGAUACAGCAUUGAGCAGAACCAUAGACACCUGGAGGAGGAGUGGGAAAAGGUUCUACAGGCUGCACAGGAGCUGAAGAACCAGAUUGAGCAUAAAGAUUUACUGUUCAAGGAGCUACAAACCUUCCAAGACCAGAGAAAAGACACUCAGGCUUGGAUUAGACAGCUAAAAGAAAACUUGGAGUCCCUGGAUAAUGCUUGUUCGUUUCAAGAGCGAUUUAGCAGAGCUCAGGCUAUUUUAAACCAGGGACCCGAGGGAGACUCUAAACUUGCUGCUCUGAGGGACAGAGGUGAGAGUGUGUGUGCUUGUGAUGGGCUUGAAGAGGACAUGAGGCAGUCAGUCCAGCAGACCCUGAGAGGAAUUCAGGAAGAGUGGACAGGAGUGCAGGAGUCUGCUCAAAAGCUAAAGAGCCAAGCCGACCUCCAGGAGGCUCUUUCUAAAGAACUUCAGGAUUUUAACUCCCAAGCAGAAAGUGUUCAAACUUGGGUCAUGGAGAAGCAGCAGAGGUUUGAAUCUCUGGACAAAGGCACACCUGUAGAAGACAGACUUAAUAUCUCACAGGCCAUCCUGGACUUGCAGCCAGAGGGGGACUCUAAGCUCUCUGCUUUAAAGAUGAAGGGAGAAAGUGUGGGUGUCCACAGAGAACUGGAGGAGAGCGAGAAGCAUUCAAUCCAGCGGACUCUGCGAGACCUGCAGGAGAAAUGGAGAAUGGUGCUGGAAAUCGCAGAAGAACUUCGAAAGCAGGCUGAGCUCCAGGAUUCUCUCUCAAGAGAGUUUCAAGCCUUCGAAUCCCAGGAGGAGAACAUGCAGUCCUGGGUCGGGAAGCUGAACCAAGACUUAGACUCACUCGGCAAAAGCACACAUGGCACCCAGGAACAGAUUGAGGAGAGACUCAACAAAGCUCAGGCUGUUUUAAGCCUCCGUCCUGAAGGAAACUGCAAGAUGGCAUCCUUAAAGAGAAGAGCAGAGAGUCUGUGCACUCGCAAAGAUCUGGAUGAAGAUGUUAGACGAGCAGUUCUACGGAAGCUGAGGAGCUUAGAAGAAGAGUGGAAAGGAGUACUGCAGCAUGGUCAAGAGCUACACAGUCUUUUGAGGAGUGUGGUGGAGCGUCUGGUUUCCUGCCAGUGCCAGAGGCAACAGACUCAGUCUCGUCUGGAGCAGCUGAAGAAGCAGACAGAGGCGCUGCCCCGCUGCUUUUCCUGGCCUGGGUUAGGGGACCGGAGGCACACGGUGGAGCAGGCCAGGGCUCUGCUGGACAAAACAAGGUCCCUGACCCCCACCCUGUCUGCCCUAAGGGCCGUGGGGUGGGAGAUGAGCCAGCUCACACGGGACCCCAGCUGGUCUGACCCAUCCUGGGUAGCCAUGGAGGAACACAUCCCAGAGUUAAUCAAAGAGCUGACGGAGUUAUGUGAGAGUCUAGACGAGGGCAUCCACACAGAGAGAAUCUGCGCUCAGCUGGUGGAGCAGCACAGCGCAGCUCAGGAUUGGCUGAGAGAACAGGUCAAAGGUUUCGGAGCCCUGCCGACUGAUCGCCACGGGUUACAGGGAUCCAUCACCACUUUAAAGGCUCUUCUCCAGACUGCGGACAGGGAGGAGAGGGAAAUGAAAGAGCUGGACGUGGUCAAAGACUCGCUGAUCAACCUUUGCACACCUGGCGGUCGUGAUGCAUUGACCCUAGAGGUCAGCCAGCUCCAUGACCUCUGUGCCUCCUCUGAGAGGGAGAUGAGGGAAAGGCUUGCUAUGUGUGAGUCCAGGUUAGCUGACAUUGACUUGAAUCUAGCUGGCAGGGCCCAAGACCUGAGAGCGCAGGCAGAGGGCCUCCUGGAGGAGCUCCGUGCUCAGGACCACUGUCUGAAAUUUGGAGAAGGAAACAGGACUGUUAGCCAGCUGCAGGAAAACUGGCAUAACUGCAAGACCUCUGAGAAGGAGCUGGAGGAGUUAGAGGGCAAAGUUCGUGACCUUGGACAGGUCCUCCGCAUGGUGCCUUCUGAUGAGGAUCUUCCAUCUGAUGUCAUUGUCCUCAUAGACACAGUGACUCAGAAGUACUGCAGUUUACGGUCUAAGCUGUUGGAAAGGCAGAAUGACUGUGCCGAUAGUGUGGUACGCUGCAUGAGAGAGGCGCUACAUGCCCUUCAUACCUGGAACCAAUCAACACAAUCUCCUUCAGACUCUGCCUCCUCUAUGCAGGCAAUGAUAGAAGAAGGUGCAGGACUCCAUAAGAGCCUACAGGUGGCAGUGUCUCAUAAACAACUGCUCAGGGACUGCCUGGGUCCAGAACUGGCUGGAAAGCUGGAGAGAGAUAGUGCAGCUGCAUUAAAGGAUGCUGACACUCUCAUUAACACGUUCAAGCAGGAGCUGCAGGAUCUUGAAGAGAAGGUAAAACAGGAAGCUCUUAGAUUAUCACUGGAAACUCAAAAACUUCAGCUGGAUUCACAGGUUUCUACUGAGAGGUACAGCCCCACAGAUACUGCCACAAAAGCUGAGCUUGACUGGUCAAAGCAACAGGAUAUCACUCCUGCUCUAACAACCAUGGAUAGUCAAGACAGUAAAGAGACUGAUAAAAGAUCAGUUCAGUCUUCUGAACUUCUACACCAAGAGGUUCCGUCAGUUAUUGAUGAAACACUAGGGAAGACAGCAUCGUCUCCUGCAGAACAAGAGGAAAUAGUAGCAAUGCAUGUUUACCAGGUUGAACUUUUAAAUGAUGAUCUAUCAAGUGUACCACUGUCUACUACACCAAAACAAGAAUGUACCACUGAGCCUGAUGUUCCUUUAAGCACCCCUGCAACAGGUGAAGAAGACCAUAAGUGGAGCAAUUUGGAGAUGGAGAAGAAGCAGGAUGAAGGGGAAUUUGAUUUGUCUGAAGAACUCCAUGACUUUGAGAUACCAGAAGGUGAGGGACACAAAGAGUUCCCUGGACCGGAAUGUACCGAGGAAAGUAUGGUCUGUGAUGCUCCUGGAUUAGACGAAACAUCUGAAGAGUUGAUGCAAACUGCCAUUGCUGAAACCCUGCACAAAGAGGUUCCCAUAUCAGUUACUGAAGAAGUUUUGGAGUCUCCCAUGUCAGUUACUGAAGAUGUUUUGGAGUCUCCCAUGUCAGUUAUUGAAGAAGUUUUGGAGUCUCCCAUGUCAGUUAUUGAAGAAAUUUUGGAGUCUCCCACUUCAGGAGAGCCACUGGCAACAGGAAUAGACUCUUAUCAGGGUGAACGCAAAAUUGCUGGUCUACUAACCUCAACAUCAUCUGUGGCAUCAAGUCUAGAAACUAAAGUCAGGGAAUCUGUCAUUUCUGUAACUGAGUCAACUAUAGAUGAAAGAACAAAUGAAAGGAUUGAGAGGGAACAGAAGGGAAUUGACAAGAUUCAACCUCCCCAGAGUGAAGAAAUCCCUGGCUAUGAGACAUUAGAAGAGAAAUCGAUGGAACUUUUGGAAUCUGAGAGAACAAAAACAGAGGUUGAUGAAGAAAAAGUAGCCAAAGAGAGAGUAGUUUCUGAGUGGACUGCAGUGGAAAAAACAUCUGAAGAUUAUCCACACUUACUGACUACCCCUACCUCUACAACCAUGGGUCACCAAGACCAGGAAAAUACUGAAAUUCAGAGUAUUGAAAUUCUUCGUAGAGAGAUAGGGCUUACUGAAGAAACUUCAGAAAAGGUCAACUCUCCCAUAGCAGAACAAGUACUGGCAGCAUUAGAAAUGGAUACUCACCAAAGCAAGUCUAAGACACUUUUGUCAACCACGGCCUUAACUGUGCCAUCUGAACUGCUAACAGAACUCAAUGAAUCUACCAUUACUACCACUACCAUUGUUAGUGACACUGAAACAAGUGAAGAAAAGAAAAACAACCAGGUCCUUGAAUCUGAAGGUCCAAAAACGGAGAGUGAGGACAGCUUUUUUGGUUUAAGAUCUGCCAUGGAGGUAACAGUGUCUAAGAGAACUGAGAUGGAAUGCACAGCUGAAGAUGGGCUUGGUAAAUAUUCAUGUAUUCUGGAUGCCAAAGAACAUGUUGAGAAAACACCAGUAAAGAAAGUUGCCACACUUGUUCUUGACACUGACGCUGUACACAUCCAUACUACUGAGUCCCUGAGAGAAUCUGACCCUAGUACAGCAACAGUUGUUUCAGGUGAAACCACUGGCUAUGAUAUCACACUGUCAGAUCCAGUAGAAAGCUUGGAUACAGGAAUUCAAGAAGGGGAGGAAUCACAGGUAGCACAAGAAGAAGUUUCAAAGGGUAGUAGUAUCUUUCUGGGUGAGCAAGAAAAAGUAAGUGCUCUGAAUGCAGUUGCAAGCACUGAGGAAAUCAGUGAUGAAACUUCAAUACCCCUCACAGAAAUAACUGAGACCCAAGAGACUAGACCUCCUCCAAGAGUUGUAGGAACCUUGACUAGUGACAUUGGACAAAAUGCUGCUCAUCAUGAGAGAGAGGGAAGCUGGACAACAGACAAUGGCCCACAGCAAGCCCGUAGAGUAAUGGAGCCACUUGGUUUGGAGGACUGGACUGAUAACGGCCCUCGAGAGAUUCAACGAAGAUAUAUUAUUCUGGACCAGCAAGAGGAUUUACAGAUACACCAAGCACCGGCUGCAGAGGCAACCAUGCCAGCCCUGGAUGUUACUCCUCAAGAGCCAGGUGAGGUACAUAAAGAGGCAUCUGAACUUACAGUUCCAGGAAAACUUGAAAGAGCAUCUGGUGAAGAGUCAGUUGAAACUGAAGUUAGUGAAAUGAUGCCACUCAAAGCUAAGGAUCAAACUGAGGAACUAGAGGCAACACCAACUCCACCGGCUAGAAGAAAACUAGAUUCUGUCACAAGUGAGAAGUUGUCCUUCAGUACUGAGGACAGGCCAGUGGAGAGCCUGCAUAGCACUUGUGUAGAAGUUGACAAGACUCCAGGUGACAAACCCACAGCAGUGAAGGCUGAGCCAAAGCCUACCCCACCAACCAGGAGAUGGAAGGAAAGUGAUAGGUUGUCACUCAGUUUAGAGGACCAAUCUGAGUUUUCAAAUGUUCUUCCUAUCCAGGUUCCUCAUCCAGAGGUUCUCCCCACACCACCAAACAGAAGGCGUAAAGACAAAUUAGGAGGUGAAAGGUUGUCACUCGAUCUUGAUUCUCAACCAACUCCACCUGAAAGAAGACAAAAAGAGAAGGGAGAGGAUAAACUAUUGUCAUUUGAUCUGGAGCUCCAUCCAAAGCCACCUUCUAGAAGACAAAAAGAUAAAGCAGAAGACAAAAUCUGCCCCAGUACUGAAUUGGAGAAAAUCAGUCAAGAAGCUUUUGAGGAGCCUCUUGUAAAACCAACCCCACCAGUGAGACGAAAAGCAAGUCGAGUUGAUAUUGAUACCAUUUCCAUGGAUUCCAAAACUGAAGAGAUGGAAGCACUGGUGAAACCCACACCUCCAGCAAGAAGGAGACAUAGUAGAAAUCUGAGUGACACAAUAUCUAAAGAAAGUGCAAGCAGCACUGAUCUGGAGAAGAUAAUUUCACCACAGAGAGCUAUGGAGGAGUCUCUAGUGAAGCCAACCCCACCAGUGAGACGGAAAGUAAGUCGAGCCGAAAGUGAAAUUUCAAUUUCCAAACUUGAAGAAAUGGAGAUGGCACUGGUGAAACCCACCCCUCCGACAAGAAGAAGAGAUAGCAAAAUUGAAAGUGACAAGUACCAGCUACAAGAGAGUUUCAUUAAACCAACACCACCACUAAGGCGAAAAGAUAGCAGAGCAGAGAGUGAGAAAACAUCUGCAGAACUUGAAGAGACUCUGCCUAAGCCUGUGCCAACCCCACCAAUUAGGCAGAAGAAAGAUAAAGCUGAUGUUGAAAUGAAUCCAAUGCUAGAAGAGCCACUGAUCAAACUGAGUCCACCAACCAGAUGCAAAGGCAAAACAGAGAGAGUUGAAGUCCAACCAACCAGCAAACAAGAUGAUGAAGAGAAGACUGAAGAAAAGUCAUUUAGCAGCCAGGAACAUUCUGAGAAAGGACUCGUUCCUGCUGAUGUAGAAUCCACAGAGACCUUGACUCAGACUGAAAGCAAGAGCUUUAUUCAGACACUUGUACAAGAUGUGCAGCAGCCAGAUACCCUUGCUCAAGAUACCCCGAUUGCCAGGAAUGAUGAGUUUCAGGCAGAAAUGUCAGAAGAGGAGGAGCCUGUGGGUCCUACAAUGAAAGAUAUCUUCACUGAGAUUAAAAAGAUGUUCAAGACAGGACCAAAUAGCCUGCUAAUUGAGAGCAUGCCUCAUGAAGACAAUCUGGAUAUUCUGGACACUUCUGUUGCUGACCUUGAGGCACAGUUGGACAGACUGGUGAUCCGUACAUUGAGUUGUCGCAACCUUCCAGCAGUUAUCAACCCUACAGACAUGGCCAAACAAGUGGAGGAUGCUGAGCAUUGCAGACAGAGUGCUCAGAAGCAGGUUUCUUCAAUCUCAAAGCAAGAUCAAGCUAACGGUGAUGUCAGCAUUGUUGCCAAUGGCUCAGCCUAUGACCCUGAGGCUAUGCAGCGAUUGAGCUGCCAGUGGACGGCAGCCUUAUGGGAUGCAAUUGGCACUGUGCACACCAAGGAAACGCAGUUGCAACUAGUUAUUGACUACGAUAGACAGACACAGAAAGUCAAGGCUGCUUUUGAGAAAUUGUCAGCUGAGCUGGAGGCCUUGAAGAUAUGUCCGGUUGAAAGCAGCUUUGUUGAAGAACAGAGAUUACGUUCCUUCCUCAGGACUAUGGAUCAGGAGAGAACUGUUUUGGGAGAACUAAUUCAGACACAUUCCCAGCUAUCACCCCACCUCAGUCUGCCUGAGAGAGCAGCAGCACAGGCCCAAGUGAACAUAACGCAAUGUGAAUGGAGGGUGUUGGAAAGAUCUGUGGAAAAAACCCUGCAUAAUGUCAGUGCCUAUACAAAAGAAAGUUUCGGUCUUCUACAGGAAAUUAAGACCUUAAUGGACCAUCUGGAGAACCUUCGUAAGAUCUUAGCAUCACCUAGGAUGUCCUCUGUUCUUUGGGACAACAAGAGGGCUCAAGAUAUGAUUGAAAUUAGUGCUGACCUCACUGCUGCACAGCAAAGCUAUCUCCACUUGCAAAAAAGAUCUGAUGCUCUCUCUCAAGGAUUUAGCUUCAAGACAGAGACAUGCAGCAUAGAGCAAGGCCUGCAGGGUAUCAAAGAUAAGCUUGAUCUACUGGGUGAGCGGUUGCUGUCUUCAACCCCCAAAAGCAGUAACCCAACCAUGGUUAAAAUUGUCAAAGUGAUAACAGAUGCCCUAGCUUGGGCCAAACAGACACAGCGUGACAUUGAAGGUAGGAAAAGGAAAGUGUCCCUUCUCCCAGAAGAGGUUCACCAGCAGAUCAAGGACUUAAAGAAGCUGCAGUCUGAGAUGAGCUUGAAGCAGACCCAGUUAGAGGCUUUGACUGAGGAAGUUACAGAGCUCAGCCCUGAGCUUGAUGAAGCUGAUGUUCCUAUGGUAACUUCAUUUUUGGAAGAAUUGAAGGGUCUGUCCAAAUCAACAGCGAAGAAACUAGACAGUGCCAUUGAAGAGGUGGAAUCAAGUCUUCAAACUCGGGAGAAGAUUUCAGAGCACAUUGCAGAUGUGGCUACUUGGAUUCUCAGGCACCUCCAGAGAGAGGCUCUGAAGAGAGAGGACUACCAAAGCCUGAGUGCAGCAGAUCUUGACCGAAGGUUAAGGCAGAGUCAGGAUACUCUUGGUGAGGUGGAAAAGCAAUCAGCGGUCACAGAGGCUCUGCUGAUGAAGAGUAAAGACAUUGCCUCGGAGCUUAGCAUCUCAGAGAACGCCUGGCUAAAUGAGAAGCUCUUCAAGCUUCAAGAGGACAUAAAGGGUGUUAUCUGUUAUGAGAAAGCUUGCAGCCAGGAGAUAACAGAUCUCUUGCAGAAUCAAGACACAUCUCAGAAGAAGGUCAGUUCUUUAGAGAAGAGCCUGAGAGAAAUUAUGGUACAUGUAAAAGAAUGUAGAUUCCCUAUUACCAAGGACUCACUUUCUGCACUUGAGCCAUUCAAACACACGAUUGUAGAGCACAAGUGCCAGGUAGAACAAGUCAGUCCAUGUGCAGAAGACAAAAGGAGAGAGUUGCUUUGCAUGAUCUCUGAACUGCACCAUAAAAUGAAGGCUUUGAAUGUGAAAGCUCAAAGCCACGAAAGGUUCCUCAGUCUCAGACAACGUUUAGAGGAUCACAAAGAAAAUAUAGAGGUCCAAGUUCCCAAGACCAAAGAUGAAAGCAUUGACAAAGAGGAACGCUACAUAACCUGUCAAGCCCUGCUUACUCAGAUUCUUUUCAUCAAACCUCUGUGCAAGGAAGCAUCAGAUGAGCUUGAGAACAUCUCAGGGGACCUUUACCCAUCUCAGCUAACUGCUGAACAAAAGAGACUCAAACAAAACAUUAACAGUCUUAACACUUGGGAGAUGGCUGUCCAAAAUAACCUUCAAAUUGUGGAAUGGGAAAUUCUUAAAGACAUACACUAUCCCUCAGAACAAAGAGCAGUGCAAGAUUUUCUCAAAGAGACAAAUCGGGUACAGGGGAAGCCUUGCAAAGUGGAACCUAAGCAGUCAGCUAUUGAUCAAGAAUUUAGGAAAUGUCUUAAUCUUAGGAAGAGCAUUGAGGCUAGAAUGCAGGUUCUAGAAGUUUUGGAAAACAAGAAAGGAGUUGGACACAAACGAAAAUCUCAAAAGUCAAAACACCUUGCAGACUUGGCAAAAAUGGCCUUAGACAACUGCGACCAAAGGAUGAACAAUCUAUCAGAGGCAAAGGAGUUGUUGAAAAAUUAUUCCAUGGAGGUCACCAGUACCAUCAGAUUCCUCCAGGAGUCUGAGUCACUUCUCCUCCCAUCUCUUUGCUCAGCCAGGAGCUGUUCAGAAAGGUUAAAGGACAUCCAACAGGCCCUCUCAACAUUAGACACAGAUUUCCAAUCUCAUGUCACCCAGCUUCAGACUCUUGCCCCCUUCCACCCAGUGUUGUCCAAACACAAAACAGAACAUCUUCAUGUUGAAAUUCUAAGCCACCUCUUGGUUCGAGAGUCCACACUCAAGGCCCAGGCCCAGCUCUGGCUAGAAGCCAUACAGAGGUGCGUUAACUGCCAGAAAACCGUACGUAUGUGCUAUGAAGAGUUAUGCCAGAAGGUGAGGGACUUAGAAACAAUCCUGGCGGAGGUUGUUUGUAAAAAAAUGACAUCUCAGAAGGACUGUACUGACCAACAGGAAAAACUUAAGAUUCUGGUUGAAGAAGUAAAUACCCUACCUGGCAGACUGGAAGAGCUGAAGGAGUGGUGUCCAGUGCAGGGUUGCUAUGCCAAUAGGGAGGAUGCGGUGAGCGCCCUCUGGGGGCAAGUGGCCAAACUGCAGAGAUGCGCCAGAGAGUUACAAGCACACUCAGAGCAGAGAGGAGAGGAAUGGAUAGGAAUCACAAAGAGUAUGGAGCAAGCAUCUGUGACACUAGAUCAGACAGAGGCUGAGUUACCAGAACUUAACAGAGGGAAAGCUACAGGAGACGAGCUGCAGGAGCUGCUGCAGUUCUGUUCGCAGUACCAGGACAGGCUGGACUGCCAGCACCGAGCCCUGUCUGCACUGGAACUGCGAGCUGCUAGACUGCUGGGAGUCCCCUCCCACUUGGAGCAAGCCCCACUCAUUCCACUGUGCCAGCAACUACAAACCAUGCAAGAGCAAUAUCACAGCCUGAAGGAGCGGAGUGCUCGGGGUCGUAAGACAGCACAGGCGGAGAUGGAGCAGAGGGAGAAGGUGCGAGAGGAGCUGCAGGGGGUCAGGGAGUGGCUCGUGGCUGCAGCGACUCUGCUGUCAGGACCGGAACACGUACCCCAGACCAAGCAGCUCCAGGAGGUUCACUCGGAGCUGUGUACCCAGAAGGCCGUGCUGCAUCGCAUCAUGGAGGGAUUGAGGAUGAAAUACUCAGACAUGUACACUCUGGUUCCCGUGGAGAUAGAGGGUCUGCUACAGGAAGUCUCUCUCUCACUACAAGAAGUGGAGGAGCAGGUGGACGAGGCAGUGGAGAAGAGUGGUCCACUCCACAGGCUGGACGCCAGGCUGUCUGAGAUAAAGGCUGGCCUGGAGUCGGUGCAGAUCAGGCUGGAGCAGAAAAGUCCUAACGUUCUAGAGGCGGAGAACACACAGAAGCGUGUGUGGGACGAGUUGGAUGGUUUGCACUCUCGGCUUGCUGGGGUGGAGGUGGAGCUCCAGGACGUUAGCGAGGAGAAGCCGGAGGAGACGCAGGUUCUCACGGAGAGACUGGCUCAGACUCAGCAGCUUCACACACGUCUGACCAAACAAGCAGAAGAGAGGACAGCCUUCCUCAGCAAGAUGCGAGGUUGGUUGCAGGAACAUGAGGAAAUGGUCAAAGGAUCCCAAAGCUGGAUUACUGAAGCUCAGUCCUGGCUGACUGCACCCUGCACCUACACCACUGCUAAAUGCCUGGAUGGCCAUGUUAAUGCUUUACAGAUGGUUCUGGACGAUUCGGAGCAGAUCCGCCGGACUCUGCAGGGCUUUGAGGGUGUGCUGAAGGAGAUGCAGGAUGUGUGUGAUGUUAGUGGCCUGCGGCAGGAGCUGUGUGAAGCGGAGCAGCGCGUGGCAAACAUGCAGCAAAGCCUGCUGGGACCUCUGUCACAGCUGGAGCACGCUGCAGCAGAAGUGGAUGCCAUGGAAUCUGAGCUGAAGAUCAUGGAAAAAGAUGUUACUGACCUCAGAUCAGCGCUGACCUCAAAGGAGGGCAUCAGCCAGGACAAACUUAAGGCUGCUGAAGGCAGGAUCGAGCUGAUGAAGCGUACAGUAGCUGAACUGCAGAGCUGUAAGGCUGGACUGUGUUUACCUGAAGGAGCAGAAAGUGCACUCACUGUAUUCAAGAGUGCUGAGAUAUUACUCAACCAGUUACUGGAGCUGGAGCAGCUUGUUCUAGAGCACACUGUGGUCGUAGUGGAAUGUCCUGCGGCAGUGUGUGAGAAACCCACCCUCAGUGUCCCCCCAACCAUCGCUGAAGAGGAAGUGCAGGAUGGUGGUCCAGACCAAGGCUUGAUCAAGAUCGUGCACUUGAAGGACAAUGUGCUGAGUGGAUCUGGAGCUGUGCUGAUGACCGUAGAGGAGUCCAGUCCAGAGCAGAGGCUCAGCUGGGUCACAGAGAAGAGCGACCAGACUGCAACUCACUCACAGGACGCAGACAGUGGAGGACCUACUGAGUCUACAGAGCAGGACAGAAUGGUAACAGAUGCCAAGGAUGUAGAACCUGCCCCGGACGCAAGUGCGCAGGAGGCUGGACCCGAACCAACGGCGACCGUGCGAACGCAGUCUCCUCCCAAAGAGCUGGCCUCAGCUGAAGCUGGUGUGUUGCGUGUGUGUGUUGAGAAGGCUGCCGUGUUGGAGGUGUGUCUGGAACAAGCGCGGGUCAGUCUGGGUCAGUCUGGACAGUCAGGUCUGGACAGCAGCAUGCAGCACAGCAUAGAGAGACAACUACAGAACUGUCAGGAGAUGUUUGUGGAGAUCGAGCAGAAAGUGUCCAGUGUGUCUGCGCUGGGUAAUAAUGAAGAAGAGCAGCGCGCUCUCAGUGCCAAACUACAGCGACUGAAGAAAAACCUGCUUACGUUCCAGCUGCUGCUGCAGGAGAGACACACUGAAGAGCAGGCAUGUGUCGAGAGAGAGCGCCCCCUGCAGGUCCGGCUACAGCGCAGUUGCAGUGUACAAGAAAUUCUGACCUCAAACAAGGGCAAGCUGUUCAGACAGAGCAGCCUGCAGCAGCAGAGGGAGCUGGAGCAGAGAUUGAGUGAGCAGAGAGAACUGACUAAAGUCAUCGCAGCCAGAGGACGACUACACAGCCAGACGACAGAGGAGCAUACAGGGCUCUUUGCUCCAGCAGCAGUAGAGCAGGAUGAGCUGCGACUGGACGAGGAGCAGUCAGUACAGAGGAAGUGGACUCAUCUCCAUCAGAGACUGACCCAAAGACUGACCCAGAGGGCAGAACAGGAGCAGGAGGAUGAGAACUCAGAGACAGGAGAAUCAGUACAGAUAUCCAUCCCGUCUCUGUGUGUGUGGAGCAGUGCUGAUGGAACUGUGUGUCUACAGGAGCUACAGUCGCACAUCACACACCUCAGACAGCUCGGACACAGAGCGUCUACAGAACCAGAUGCGCGAGCAGUAGAUGAAGGAUUGUUUGAGGUUGUUAGUGCAGUCGGACUCUCUCUCUCCUCUCUCUCUCACACACUCCUCUCUCGGCCUCGACAAUCACUCACUGAUACAAACAGCCAGCUGCUGCAGCUACAGAGUCUGUCUGCCGAGCUGACCUCUGUAGGUGCUGAAUUGAGCUCUCAGGGGUCGGAGGUCCUGGGGUCUUUAGGCUCAGCAGCGUCAGGGGCGAGGGUGUGUUUGGAUCUGCUGCAGGACGGUGUGUGUGAGCUCCAGAAUGUUCUCUCGGAGAAACAGAAGCAGCUCCAGAAGCAGCUGGAACACACAGUCCACACACAGAGCAAGAUUAAAAACAUGCAUGACUCUUUACUCGCUAACAUCUCAGCCCUCCGCUCAGCGACUCAGGAAGAUCCAGGAUGUGACCCUCGUGCUCGGCUACAGGCUCUUGCCGAGUUGCAGCAGGAGCUCCAGCAGAAGGAGAAAGAGCUGGAGGAGCUGAGACAGGAUACAAAGAUCACAGAGCGAACAUCAGCACUCUCACUGGAGGUCAACACACUGGAGAACCUAUUGGAGAGUGUGUGGUGUGGUCUGAAGGAGCGCAGCGGUGAUGUCCAGUGCGGGCUGGAGCAGCAGCAACAGUAUGAGAGGCUGAUGAAAAGCCUACAGGACCUGUUGGAGCUGGCCAGAGAAAGACUGACCCGCACUACACACGUACAACUGGACAACACGCAACAGCUGCGCUCACUUAUUAGCACACACAUGACCUUUUUUCUGUCUCUGGACGCCCGUCUGAGGGCUCUGCAGCAGCUGAGUGCCUGGACGCCAGACAGCGCCCCCUGUGGGCCGAAGGCUGCAGGGGCAGAGCUGGAAGAGCAGGUGGACAGCCUGCAGCGACAGGCGAGGGACACUGUGGCUGCACUACAGGCUGCUCUGCAGUCCUGGACACAGUGGGAGGAGAGCCAGGCCUGGUUGGAGAACCUGCUACAAGACCUGGAAACUCAACUUCCCAAGAUGCACCUGGUAGAGAAAACAGAGGAGGAGCUACAGGAGCACCUAUCAGCCUAUGAGGCUGUGCAGGCAGUUCUGGUGGAGAACAGAGUGCGGAUCUCCCUGGUUUUUGACCAGGCCUGCAGGAUACAGAAAGAAGGUGUGGCUAUGAGCGUGUCUCGUCACUUUUCAGACCUUCCCCUGCGCAGAGUAGGCGUGUCCGUCCUGAGGUUGAAGCAGCGAUUGGCUGCUCUACAAAGGAAGCUAGAGCAAGAACGAGACUCUGCCCACCAGAUAAAAACACUAUGGAACAGGUAUCACCAUGACUCAGCAGCGCUGAAUGAGUGGGUGGACAAAACCAAAGAAUGCCUGCACGACUGGACAGGUCACUUGACCUCACCUAAACAGGAAAGAGAUAAAGUGCUGACGCACUACAAGGAGUUUAUAGAGCUGAGUAAGGAGCUGGAAGUAAAAUCAGCACUGAAGGCUUCAGUGAUCAGCGCUGGCACUGAGAUCCUACAGCUGAGUGAGAAAGAACAGCAGGACUUUCUCUCUGAGCCUGCCAACAUGGCUGAAUAUGUACACGAUAACUUCAGUGAUGACGGUGAGUCAGAAGAGAACCUCACUGAUGCAGGUGAUAAAGAUAUUUCCUCAAUCAGGAUUAAGACCACCUCAGAUAUUAUUGGUGUGAUCAACACUGACCCAGUAGAAGAUGCAUCCCUGGAUGAGGACCAAGAUUCUUCAAAAGUUCACUCCUCCCUGCUUGAUGAAUCUAAAGAUCAAACUCCAGUAAACACAUUAGCGUGUGAAGACAUUGGUUCCUCCAGCGUUCCUCAGGGCAGUAGAACUGUCUCAGGUUCCUCUGGACCCGAAGGGUCAGUGUGUGAACAUGUCUCCUCCACAUCCAUGAGCAGUCCAAUGGCGCUGUCUCCUGCCCUGCUGUCAGUAAAGGCUCAGCUCACUCAGGUAGAACAUGACUGGACGGAGAUCUUCACAGGCAUCUCUUCUACACAGCAAGGACUGCACCAGUGUGUGGUGGACAGGCUAAGUCCUCAGGGCCUGCUGACCCGUGUGUGUGGUUGGAUCAGUGCAGCGGGACGCAGGGUGGACGAGGCUGAGAGAGCCGCUCGCUCCUCCAGCUCUGCGGCUCAGUUCAGAAAACUCCUCAACACGUACAAGCUCCUGAAGAGAGAGCAGAUGUGUGAGCAGUGGUCAGUGGACUUCCUGAACCAGUCUGUGCUGAAGCAGAGUGACCCCGACUCGCACAGAUAUAAACACACUGCGUUUGCUGAGCAGCUUGGAGAGCUCAACUUCCACUGGCUUACACUGCACACGCACAUAAACACACAGCUGCAGCAGACAGAGCAGCACUUGAGAGUGUGCGCAGACAGAGAAGGCAAACUGCGGCUCCUGCGCAGCUGGGUCAGAGGUCAGGAGGAGUGGAUGCGACUGGCUGAGAAGCCUGUCAGUCGCUCCCUGGCAGAAAACAGCCUGAAAGACUGCGAGGACCUGAAGGAGAAGAUGAAGACUCGGUCUGCUGAGCUGAGUGAGUUGAGGAAGAGGAGGCUGAGUGAUGAUGAAGAAGAUCAGAGGGAUGCAGACUUCAUCAGACACGUUCAGAGUGUCUCCCAAUCGUUAACAGACCUCUCUCAACAGAAUGCUCCUCUGAGAGAGUCUCUUCAGCAGGUGUCCACCCUGUGGUCUCAGUUUGACAGUGGGCAGAGCCAAGCCUUUCUCAGCACCCUGGGGGUCUGCCAAUCACUGAAGCAUUGCUGUGUCUCCCACAGCUCCCUCACAGCCUUAGAGAAGAGCACUAACAGGCUACAGGCAUUGCAAGCUGAGGCUGAGGAGAUUGACAGGCAGUGGGAGGGGCUUAAUCACACAUUCUCCACCCUCACUGUUGGGAUCCACCCAGACACCUCUCGGUUAUUAUCACAGCAGCUGGAGAAAGAGGAAGCACGGUGGGCAGAGGUGAAGCAGAAUCUCACACACACUUCUCUGCAGUUACACACUCUGCUGGAAGCCUGGAAACGGUACGCAGCUCUGAUUGACCCCUGCACACUGAGGCUACAGCAAUAUAGAGACCAGUUCUCUGCCCUGUCAACUGCACCUGAAUCUGAGAGCAGCCCUGAGACACUUUCAGCCUGCAUGCAGCGCCUACAGGAGUUGCUGAAGAACACACACUGUCUCCAAACUGACCUGGACCGAGUGUAUGAAGCCUCCAAAGAGCUGAUUGGUCAGAUGGAGCCCAAAGCGGCUGCUUUUGUCCAGUCCGAGUGCCGGCUAUUGACACGUGAUUGUCUCCAGUUUGAGGGGGCUUUAAAAGAGAAGCUAGGAGAGGCGCAAGAGGAUCUCAAGCAGCUUCAGGAGUUUGAACAGCUGCUGGAGUCACUAGAAAACAAAUUAGAGGAGUGGAGGAGCAACCAAACAGGACAAACUGAUAAUCAGCUCACAGACAUAACGAAGUCGGGUUUGUUAGAGUUGAGUUCUCACUCUGCUGACCUUGAGCUGCUGAAUGGACUCAGCUACAGACUGACCCUCAGUGACCCCACAACCCGAGAGUUACAGAGCCUGAACAAGAAGUGGGCUCGGGCCUCCGCUCAUGCUCAGGAGAGAUGCAGUGAGCUGCAGGCUGCGUCUCUUCAGCUGCAGGGUUUUGAGCAGAGGUGUGAGAGCUGGAUGGUGUUUCUGCAGAGGAUGGAGGACAGUGUGGCAGGAGAUGUUUCAUCCAGCUACACUCAGCUCAGAGAGCAGCUCCGCACACACCAGAGGUUCCAGGCCGAGCUGUCUUUAGGCCAUCAGAUUCUGCACGCCGUCAUCACUGAAGCUCUACACCUGUUACAGAGAGGAGAGGUGGAGGACAGGAGUGAUUUCCUGCUGAAGCUGGCUCAGCUGAGAGAGCACUGGCAGGGAGCCGUGCAGAGAGUGGCUCAGCGGCGCUCUCUAGUGGAGGGGUUGAUACAGAACUGGCACCUUUACACACACACACUCCGCAAACUCCGCAAGCUUCUAACGCUGGCGCAUACACUCCUCCCGCCCGCCGGCCCCACACACUGCAGCGUCCUGCAGCUGCGCCUCUCACUGCAGGACAUGAAGCAUACUGAGCUGCUCUUCCACAGGUCAGUCUCUGGUUAUCUGCUCCUGCUGGACGUGGGCCGGCAGCUCUUCUCUGUGAGCGAUGAGGUCACUCAGGUCCAGCUGCAGACUGACCUCGCCGCCCUGCAGGAUGACUGGGAGCACUCCCAGAGCAUGCUGGGAAGGAGGAGGAGCCUCACCUCUGACAUUAUCAUGAACUGGGAGAGCUGUGUAGCCGGACUAGCAGGUCACGCUCAGCGGCUAGAGGAUCUGAAGGCCAGACUAAAGCAGCCGAUCCAAGAGUCAGAGGGAGAGCAUCAUUUCAUUAAGGAGAUUCAGGACUCUCUGGACGACUGGGCAGUGAGUCUGUCCGAACUGGGCACCAUGAAGACGGACCUGUCCCAAUACAUCAUCACCGAGGACGUCCUGCUGCUGCAGGAACAGGUGGACCAUCUGCACUGCCAGUGGGAGGAGCUCUGCCUAAAAGUUGCUCUGCGGAAACAGGAGAUUGCUGACCGGCUGAACGCGUGGAUCAUCUUUAAUGAGAAGAAUAGGGAGCUGUGUGAGUGGCUCACUCACAUGGAAAACAAAGUGUCUCACAGUGCUGAGCUCAGCAUUGAGGAGAUGGUGGAGAAGCUGAAGAAGGACUGCAUGGAGGAGAUUAACUUGUUCAGUGAGAAUAAGACUCAUCUGAAGCAGCUGGGAGAGCAGCUCAUCAGCGCCAGCAAUAAGACCAAGGAGACCGAGGUCAACGACAAGAUCAAGGACAUCAGUGACCGCUGGCAGCACCUGUUUGACCACAUCGAGGCCAGGGUGAGGAAGCUGAAGGAGACGCUGGUGAUGGUGCAGCAGUUGGAUAAAAACAUGAGCAACCUCCGGACGUGGCUGUCCCGGAUAGAGGGGGAACUUUCCAAACCCGUCGUCUACAGCGCCUGCCACGGCGACGAAAUCCAGCGCAAACUGGCUGAACAACAGGAGCUACAGAGGGACAUUGAGCAGCACACGGAGGGCGUGGCCUCAGUGCUGACGCUGUGUGACGUGUUACUGCAUGACGCCGAUGCGUGCGGCAGUGAUGUGGAGAACGACUCCAUCCAGCAGACCACCCGCAGCCUGGACCGCCGCUGGAGGAACAUCUGCGCCAUGUCCAUGGAGAGGAGGAUGAGGAUCGAGGAGACAUGGCGUCUGUGGUCUAAGUUUCUGGAGGACUACUCUCGCUUUGAAGACUGGCUGACCACAGCAGAGCAGACAGCGGCUAACCCGGCCAGCACUGAUGUUCUCUAUACCUGCGCCAAAGAGGAACUCAAGAAGUUUGAGGCGUUCCAACGGCAAGUUCAUGAGCGGCUCACUCAGCUGGAGCUGGUGAAUAAACAGUACCGGCGUCUGGCCCGAGAGAACCGCACUGACACCUCCAACAAGCUGAAGACGAUGGUGAACGAGGGGAACCAGCGGUGGGACGCCCUGCAGAGGAGAGUGACCGCCGUGCUCCGCAGGCUAAAGCACUUCACGUCCCAGCGGGAGGACUUUGAGGGGACGCGGGAGGCCAUCCUGGUAUGGCUGACCGAGAUGGACCUACAGCUCACCAACGUCGAGCACUUCUCUGAGAGCGACAUCCACGACAAGAUGAGGCAACUUAACGCAUUUCAGCAGGAGAUCACUCUGAACACCAAUAAGAUCGACGCUCUGAUCGUGUUCGGGGAGAAUCUGAUCCAGAAGAGUUCUCCGCUGGACGCUGUGCUGAUAGAGGACGAGCUGGAGGAGCUGCACUCUUACUGUCAGGAGGUGUUCGGCAGGGUGGCCCGAUUUCACCACCGCCUCAUCAGCAGACGGCCGGUCCUGGAUGAUGAGCGUGAUUUCUCAGACAGAGAUACUGAUGUGGAGGACUCGUUGGAAUUGGGGGCAGUGUGGGCAGAAGAAGAGGACGAGGUGGACGCUGGGAUGUCCACCCCUGUCCAGGAGUCAGUGCAUCAAUUCUUCGCCCCUCCGCUGGAGCGGUCAGGACGCGAGACGCCGGUCAGUGUGGACUCUAUUCCGCUCGAGUGGGAUCACACUGUGGACGUCGGCGGCUCUUCGUCACCCGAGGACGAGGAAGAGGAGGAGGCCACGUACUACAGUGCACUCUCAGAUGUAGAGGUCACUGAGAGCUCUGAGUCGUUUAUUAAAGCCACAGCUCAGGCUCUAAGCGCUGCAGCCGUAGGGCGGUCGAUAACAGAGCCCCCCAGCUGGCACUCUCCGCCCCCAUCGGAGAGGAAACAGAUUGUCCACAGCCUGACCUCAUCCCCUAUAAACACCAGUGCUUCCUACCAUCCGCAGGGCUAUACUAAGCUGAUGUCCGAGUGCACUGAGAGCAUAGAUAAUGUGAAGCGGGUCAAGCUAAUCCUGAGUGAUGACGAGCUGCUGGAGGACCAGGGCCUGACCACACUGUCCACUGCAGACAAACAGACAGGUGUGAUUGAGCGCUGGGAGCUGCUGCAGGCCCGGGAGUUUUCUGACCUGAAGCAACAGCACAAGCUGGCCUCUGACCUCAGAGAGGUCACAGCCUGGCUGGAGGGGGUGCUGUCCGAACUGGAGGCGCUGCAGAGAACAGAAGUGUCCGGCAGCAUCAAAGACAUGGAGAGCAGCAUCCACAAACUCAAGGAGAUGCAGAGGACGUUCAAAAUCUACAAGGCUCUGAUGAUCGGCAUGAACCUGAAUGGGCAGGACAUCCAACGAGGAGACAGGGUGGAGCGUCAGGAGCUGAGGGAGGGGCUGCAGCUGGUCAAUCAGAAAUGGACUCAUGCCUGCGCUGCUCUGGACGGCUGGGAAUACCAGCUGCAUCAUGCGCUCCUGCAGUGUCAGGAGUUCCACGAGACGCUGCACUCACUGCUGCUGUGGUUGGCUCGGGCUGAGAGCCAGCGCUACAUGGUCAACAUCCAUGACCGCAACGUCGACGUCAACAUACUGCAGGAGCACAGAGACACACUAAAGGCUCUCCAGGUGGAACUGCAUGGUCGAGAGCAGGAGGUUCUCUCUCUGCAGGAACUCUCCACUCAUAUCCUGCAGCUGGACCAAGGCGAGGACAGCCUGGAGGCUAAAGAGAAGGUACACGUCAUCAGCAACAAGCUCCGCCUCCUCCUCCGACAGGUGGCCCACGACCUGAGCUUGCUGCAGGCUAGACUGGAUUGUGAAGGUUCCUCAGUAGACGGCGGUGAGUGGAGGAGCGCUGCCGGCCCUCCGGCUCUAUUGGACAAGGAGUCGAGUGCUGCUGAACAGAGACCUCCUGAAUAUGCUAAGUCAGAGAAGAUGGAGGUGUCCCCCAGCAGACCUUUCCUGUACCGGGUGCUGCGGGCGGCGAUCCCCCUGCACUUGCUCUUCCUGCUGCUGCUGGUGCUGGCCUGCCUGGUGCCUCUGUCUGAGGACGACUACAGCUGCGCUCUCUCCAACAACUUUGCCCGCUCCUUCUACCCCAUGCUGCGCUACACCAACGGACCGCCUCCUACAUGAGAACCAAAAUACCUCCCUGUACUGCUACUGAAUGGCUUCGUCCAUCAAUACUGGAGACAGGAACCAACCAGGUUCUCACUUCCAGUCCUGGAACCUUCUGCUUUGCUUAUUUAACAUUAAUUAUUUAACAUUAAUGGACUUUUCUGGGUUCCAGCAUUCAGACUCUCCUAAAGCUGUGACAGUCAUAGUUUGGGGAUAUUUCUUAAACUCUCCACAUGAAAAAAGAAGAGUUCAUGUUAAAUGGUCAGUCUUGGGUACCUUAACCACGAAAGCUAGCACAAUGCUACGAGACGAUUUUAAGCUAACGUAAAGUCACCAAACCAGCACAGUCCCAGAACACGUCAUUGUUUAUAACCUUUUAAAGAAAUAUCUGCAGCACCGGACUCACUGGAAAGCUGGACGGUCCAUUUUUGUACAUAUCGAUCGGUUUGUGUUGUUCGAUCUAGAGACUCGUACUCUGUGUGGAAUUAUGAAGGUUUUUUUAAUCUGUAGCAAUUUCAACUGCCAUACGGCUGGACACAGCCAUGAAGAGAGGGAAUAGGAGGUGAGGACGAGUGCAAAUGUUAUUCUGUGGCUUCGUUUGUUCAGGCCUUAACCUCUUAUUUCAGGACGGGGCGUCACGUUAUCAGUUUGUGUGUCAGAGUGAGUUUAAAUCAUGUAAAUCUACUCAUUGGUGCAAGUCUAAGUUAUUAUUAAUAGUUAUAUCAGACAAAUGGUUCGUUAUUGAUUGUGUUUUUUAGAUGUGAACCAUCCAAAUGGAACUGGUUCGUGACUCACUCACUCACUCACAUUUAGCAGGCUGAGGAUUCUCCUCCAGGGGGCAUUAGUAGCUCUUGGUGCUUCAUAAAAGCGGUGCGUUGCAUCAGUGACACUUUGUGCCCUUGUUCUACAAGCUGUGCUUAUGUUCUCGCUUGGUUUUCAUGUGACCACUUCAGUCCACAAGUUCCAUUAUGGAUGGUUUUCUCCCGCUGGCCUCAACUGCAUGAAUGUAUUUAGGUAUAAAUAUUUAUGCCAAAAAAGAGAAUGUAUGUAUUGCUCCCAGAGUAGGACUGUUCUUGAAAACACAGCAGGAUUUAGCGUGUAGAGGUAAAAAAGGGGAUCCUUUGGGCAUGCAGUUAGCACAAUGCUAGCAGUUUAGGUAUUAGCUUCCAUUACUUCGCCGAUGUGACGCUGAAAAAGCAGAAAUAUUCCGCUGAAGAUUCAAAGAAGUGCCAGCAGCAAGAACUCAAGACAGCUAAAAUGGCCUCUGGACGGCUAAAAUAGGUUUACCUUACAAGCGAAAUGACUUAUGAAGUUACAGAAAGGUCGGCGCUAACUAAAAACGCAAUUAUUUAUUUAUUUAUUUAUUAGCAUCGCCUCCUUGUCAACGUGUUCCCGCGAGCCAUGCACUGCCAACUAGAGCCAUAGUACAGACAACGAGCAUUAAGAAUAAGAGUGUAAGAAUAAGUUUGUGGUUUUAUUUUUAUGUAUUUAUGGGAUGAUGUAUAGUUAAAAGCCAAUUUUUACUUAUAAAUAAAUAAAUAAAUAAAGCUGUUUGCCAAGAGAA